AUGAGUGUCAAGUUAGCACAGUGGUUCUGCCGACGAAUCAACCGAAGCAUUUCCGCCGACAGAGAUCAUGCUGCUUUAGGCUCAGAUGAAAGAUCAGAAUUAAUAUGUGAUAAAUUGAAGAUACAUUCCGAGUUGAAGAAGGCGUUAAAGCUGCAAGCUCUGUCACAGGAAUUUCUUGAAACUGUUGGGUAUGAGAGAAAGGAUUUUGGAAAAACGGAUACUCACUACUCUAUACUGUUGUUUUUGUUGUUGAUAUCUAACGAUCCUGUACAUAGUGAAUAUGUAGAGACUAUAAACCAUACAUCAAAAGAAGUCAAAGAGGAGAUUGACUGGGGUGCUUAUUUGUUAGAAGGAAUUGAAAUAUAUGACCCAAGUGAUGGGGAAUUGUCAGAUUGGACUGAAGAUGAAGAUAGUGAAGAAGAGCAGGUAGGAAGAGUUACUGCCCCUAGCAAUGAUCAGUCAUUUGAUAACAGACAGACUGUGACGCCGUAUAUUGUCUCAGAUUCAAGCACUGUUCAUGAGGUGGAGCCAAGAGAAACGGAGGAUUUUGAUUGGCUGUCGAGAAAUUUGAUAGCACAGUAUUGGAAAGGAGAGAAACUGGAUGUGGAGACAGGAAAAUACAGGUCCUGUCAGCUCAACAACAACUGGGAGGCAUACAAAGAAAGAAUCAACCCACUGCAUGGAGACGGGAAUAAAUUGGUAGUCACUGAAAAUGUACUUCUGAGGGAAGUGAUAUGGAUGUUGAUGGGAAUAUCCAACCUGUACCUCAUUGAAUUUAAUGGACGGUUCUUUGUACCAAAGCACGAGGUUUGUGUACCACAUUUGUCGGAGGAAUCCCUACAUACAUGCCUUACACAGUUCACCAGAUACGGUGCCUACAUACAAAUUCUACAGAACUUUGUUGAAGACUGUAGUCAUGGUAACAGGUCAGAUAUAUGUCAGACCUACCAAUCGUUCGCCAGUACAGUUGCUGAUUUUCUACGUGAUCUGAAGACACAACUAUCUAAGAUUGAGCAGAAACUUAUUAAACAAGAGGAAGUUUUGACUUUACUCACAGUUGCCAGGGAUAUUGAGCCGUUGAUGCACAAAGUUGGUAUAAUAUGUCUGGUGUACAUGCGUGGAAUACACCAAGGAAAACAGUAUAAACUGGCAAGCCAGAAAGCUACAUUACUAUUGACAACGUUAUAUAAUACGCUACUUAGUUGUGAUAUACUGUUUGUAACACCUCUGUUGGACGGAGAGUACAUCGACCUAAAUUUUGGACAGAAAUAUAAUGCCACUGAUCUGUUGAAGUUGUUACUGCCCAUGUGGAUACAGACCUGUCGUCCAUACAUUAACAUCAUAGACACUUGGAUAUCACACGGUUAUCUCACUGACCCAUAUCAUGAGUUCAUCAUUCAGAGGAACAAAGAAAUCGGAACUCUUGAUGAAACAUUUUGGGAGAAAUCCUUUGCCUUCCACACUAUGGUUAAAGACCCUGAUAAAUCUAGAAGUACUCCGGACAAAAAGGUGCAGGAAUACGAUACAAUGGACUGGGCACCCAAAUUUUUACAGCCAGUGCUGCAGCAAACAGUGCUAACAGGAAAAUCAAUGGAAAUGUUAGAAGGACUUGGGAAAUUAGCAGAAUAUGAUGGGAAAGGAUUUUCUGAUCAUUUGAAUGAAUUUAAAGAAACUCACUUAUAUGACAAGUUUAUCUCCUCCUUGCUUACUCUUCUUGGGACUAAAACUGAUUCUAACACUGAAGAGGAAACAAGGGAGAAAACUCCAAGUGAACCAGUAUUCUCCCCUGAAAUUGAAGUUCAAAUGAAGGAAAAGGGAAUACAUGAUAGUUUCUUGAAAAUGCAUUUUGAAAACCUAAUGAAACAAGACUCAGAUCCACAUCGUAUCAUAGAAGAAAACUUUGCUAUGAAAAUGGAUUCUUUGAACAUGGAUAAUCUUCAACCUGUGGAGUUGAUCUUACAGGAAUGUUUAUAUCCUCAUGUUCGUAAACAAUAUGAAAAAGUCUGCCUGAAGUUAGUUGACACCCUGAAAACUGAGUAUCACCUGAUAGAUUACUUCAAGGCUAUGAGGAGAUUUUUCUUGAUGGGAGCUGGUGAUACAAUGUUCAUCUUUUAUACAGAGAUCUUUGAUAAGAUCAGAUUACACGAGCACUGGAAAGACACAACAACAGUGACAUGGGCAUUACAUGAGGCAUUAGAUAGACAUUUCCCUGAUGAGGUGGCAAGGAUAGCUGUGAUAGUUGAUACCAGUGAAGAUGACAAGGAAUCUCAACCCAUUAAUGUGACCAAUUGUCUCAAACUUCAGUAUCAUAUACCCAGCCCAGUAGAUGUUGUGAUCAAUGAGAGAUGCCAGGAGAUAUAUAAUCAUAUAUUCAGCUUUCUGCUUCAAGUCAAACGUGCCAAAUAUUGUCUUGAUGAACUUAGAUUUUAUGAUCUAGCGAAGGAAAGCGUCCUGUCGGCAACAGAUAGACUGUUUCAGUCUCAGAGUACGGACAACAUCCCACGGUCAGCUAAAAUCCACAGAAUGCAUCUUCUUAGAAUGAAGCUGAUCAACUUUGUGAAUAGUCUGCACAACUAUAUUAUGACAAGGAUUUUACACAGUAUUGGAUUAGAGUUCACUCAUGAUUUACGGGAAGCGAAGGAUCUUGAUGAGAUCAUUGAGAUACAUGCGGGAUAUAUUCGUAAAAUACACGAGCGAUGUCUACUGCAUAAAAAAAAUACAUUCCUAAAAGAAGCCGUGCUGAAGGUUUUGAAUUUAUCCCUGAGGUUUCAGAAAGAAUGGGAUUGUGGGAUUGAUAAUAUAAGUAUGAUUCAGAUAGAGGACACGGAAAUGGAAUUUUCCCGAUGUAUACAAUUUCUACGAUCCUUCCUUAGUUCUGUUAUACAGCGUGGAUCUUUUCCUCACUUGGAGGCAUUAGCUUUUGGUUUGGAGAAUUUGAUACCAAGAUAGCGCAAUGCGAAUUCAAGACAAGUGGGUCAAGUGUGUACAAUGAAAAGACGCCAUGCUGUCACAUGAGAUAUGGGUACAGCUUGGCUAUAAAGCUACUCUUGUUACAGUAUAUUUAUUGAUACUUAUGUGGUGGAUAAAACAUUACAAAAAUUAGAGACAUAUAUGGAGUAUAAAUUAUAUUUAAAAAACCCUAAAUUAUUACAUGAAUAUUUGUAAAAAGCCAUGUUUGUUUGAAUGAAAUCCCAUAUUAAAAUGUCACCGCAAACUAACAGAAUGUUGGGUGGUUCCACCCAGGUGCCUGAUAGUGUGCAAGGUCUGGGAGCCUGAAGUAUAGAAGAAAAGUCACUAAUUGACUUCUAGUAUUGGUUCCACUUGACAAAAAACCGUACCAUGAUAUAUACAGUAAAGCCUGUAAACAGAGGCCAUCCAAAGGAGAGAGACUGAACAUGGCAUUUAUAGACAAGUGGUCUUUAUUUGGAGGUUAUCAUGUUCUAGGGUUGGUCAAAACUGUCCUUUAUUUACAGGGUGGUCUGUAUUCAGAGGUGGUAUUUAACACGGGUUUGACUGUAAUCCAUAAAGCUGAAUUUUGCAGUGUUAUUCUGAUAGUACAUUUGUUUUUAUCUUUCUAACAAAUUUUCACAUUUGAUAUUUACUUCAGGUGAUAAUUAUGCUUCUAAAUGUUCUAAACCAGUGAUUACUGGUCACAUUGUUUAACACAUAUCUGCCCUUUUCACAGAAUAGAAGAAAAAACAAAUCUAUUUCUGAGGCUCAAUGUCCCUUUAAACAUAUUUAUAUCUAAAGGCUCAUUGUGCCUUUAAAUAUUCUGAUUUAAGGCUACAUGUAUAUGCAAACAUUAUUCAUAUCUAGCUGUUCAAUAGUCCUCACUACAAAUAUUGAAUAUUGCUUUUGCAUUGUUAAAGCUGCAUGCCUCCAGAUUAGCCAAAAUAUUUCAAGACAAACAAACGUGGGAAAACAUAUUCAGAUUGUAAGAAAAGUUAAAAGAUUCAAUAUUCAAGUUAUAAUUAAUAUCUUAUUGCGAUUUAUGACUGAUUUUGCAGUAUUUGUCAUCAUAUUUUUACUGUACUACUAACACAGUAAGGGCUUUUUUUGCAUAUUUUGACCUAAUUUUGGUAAUAUACAUGAACUGUAGGUGCCAUUAGCAAUGUGCAAAUUACUUUCUUUGUUCACUUCACAAUAUUUUACUUUUAAAUACAUUUGGAAAUAAGGAUGAAUCUGGAGGUGUGCUGUUUUAAGUAACUAUAUUUAUGUUUCAAGCUUAUCUUUGUGUAUGUUAAGUUUAAAUAAAUAAAAUCAAAUAAAAAAUG